AUGCAAUUACAAAAUUUAUUACCAGCUGCUUUGGCUAUUUUACCAUUGGUCAAUGCUUAUUCAAACGUUGCUGUUCGUUAUGAAAACUUAUUGAAAAGAUCAAAUGAAACUUAUUCAAUUGCUCCAGUUUCUGGCGUUUCAGCUUCAUCAGCUUUAGCUCCAUCUCAAGAUUCAGUUUCAACCAGUGAAUUAACAACUGAAAUUGUCACUUUUGCUCCAACUACUGAUGCCAAUGGUCAACCAAGUUCAGUUUUAACCACCAGUACAAUCACCUAUUAUUCCACUGUGACUCAAACUCAAACUCCAGUCUCAACUGCCGGUGGUGAAUCAGUUUUAACCACUGAAUCUGCUGUUGAAACCACUGACGACCAAGAUAGCACUUUAACUAGUUUUAUCUUAACCACUGUCACUUUACCAGGUGAAAGUUCAGCUGUUUCCACCACUUCUGAUGCUCAAAAUGCUGUCGCUUCUUCAUCCUCAUCAGCUGACUCUUUAGCAUUAGAUUCAAACAACAAGAACUUGGCUCCAAAUGCUGUUGCCUCAUCAUCAGCUUCCCCAUCAACCACUGACUCCCCUGUCUCAUCUUCAGCUACUGCUCAAGGUUCAGUUUCCACAGUCACUGUUACCGUCACCAAUGAUCAAUGUGUACCAACAACCACCACUGUUAUCACAACUAAGAUCCCAGUCACUGCUCAAUUCACAGUCACUGGUUCAAAUGGUGAAUUAUACACUGUCUCUACUUCAACUGAUAUUGACCAAACCACUACCCAAGUUGUCUAUUUGACUCAAACCACAACUUUACCAUCUUCAUCAGCUAAUGGCAUUGUCACCACUGUUUCGAAUGCUGACACCACAUACACAACCACUUUAGCUUCAACUUCAAUUGCUCCAAGCUCUACUGGUGUGCUGUACGGUAAUGGUACCAAUGCAAGUAACUCUACAGGGUUGAGUCCAAGUGCUUCUCAAUAUAGCAUAUCAGCUAGUGAUUACAACAGUAACUCAAUUUCCAAACGUUCAUUCCUAAGACGUAUCAUUGGUUAUUAG